AUGACUUUAGAAAAUCCUGGAGGUGGAGAAGGCGGGGAAGGAGGAGGUAGUGGACCAUUAAUUUGUGCUGGAUGUCUUAAUGCUAUUGAAGAAGAUGAAUUCAUUCAAGCACUCAAUCAAGAAUGGCAUAUUGAUUGUUUUCAGUGUUCAGCCUGUGAUGCUUCUUUAUCGUCAUGGUACUUUGAAAAAGAUGGCCUACUAUUUUGUAAAGAUGAUUACUGGGCAGCUUAUGGAGAAGCUUGUCAAAGUUGUGGUCAAGUUAUCACCGGACCAGUUAUGUUGGCUGGAGAUCACAAAUUUCAUCCAGAAUGUUUUGCAUGUAAUUCAUGUGGUGCAUUUAUUGGUGAUGGUGAAAGCUAUGCUUUAGUUGAAAGAUCAAAACUUUAUUGUGGAAUUUGUUAUAAACGACAAAUGCAGCCACUUAAUCGAACGGCAAACUAUCCAUUUGUUAGGAAGCCCCACAGUAUAAGACUAGUAGAGAUUCCUCCUGGUACUAAAAACUCUGAAAAGCAGAGAGGAAUUAAACUUACUUUGGAUUCAACACCCAGUCCUCACAGCUGUGGAUGUGGUCUACUCAGAAUUUCCGAGCUCAGUAUGUCUGGAGAUUUGAUGUCCCUACAUAUAGGAGACAGAAUACUAGAAAUAAAUGGAACACCGGUAAAAGAUCAACCUGUUGAGAGUAUUGAAAAUCUUAUACGAUAUUCUGACUCAGUGUUACAACUAACGAUUGAACACGAUCCUGACGCGUUAUCACGACGAAGCAAUUUUUCUACGACUUCAUCAGCUUUUCUUUCGACGGCGAUCAGUCCUCGAACGAGUCCAGAAAGUAGAGAGCGAAUAUUUAAGCGUCGAGACGAGGGCUAUAUAAGUGGAAAUCGGAGUCGUCAAUUAAAAAGAUCUAAGGAUCCAUCGAAUAAAGAACGUAGCAGUUCAAUGUCAAGAUUAACGAGAUCAUUCCGCGUGGAACCAAAAAGUCAACGAAUUUUCCGUGCAAGUGAUUUAGUCAAGGGUGAGCUCUUGGGUAAGGGUUUUUUUGGGCAAGUAUAUAAAGUAACGCAUCGUGAAACCAACGAAAUAAUGGUACUAAAAGAGUUGUACAGAGUGGAUGAAGAAGCACAAAAAAAUUUUCUUAAAGAAGUAGCAGUCCUUCGAUCUUUACAUCACAACAACGUACUUCGUUUUAUUGGUUCGGAUAUUCGGUAUUACACUGGUCCUAGUCCAAUUAGCAGUGAAUCUACAACUCCAGAAUCACUGGCACCGCAAUUAAAACCUAUUAAAGAGGGAACAGUACAUCAAGAAAAAAAGAGAAAUUGCUGUGAAGAUAGUACACUGGAAAGGGAAAUAGAUGUUGCUACAACUGAAGAGUUUAAAGUACCAGAACUACCCAGAGAACGUUAUUCACGGCAAAAUAGUCAGACUGAUAUUUCAAAAAACUCGGGAAAAUUUUCUAAUCAAAAUUUACGAUCUAAAGUUACGGCUGCUGCUACUACUUCUACUAUGAUUGCUUCUAAUGAUAGUGAUUCGCCAAGUAUUAUUAUUUCACCUGACUUGAGUGGUUUUAAUGGACGUUUUUUGAGAAAUCAAACAAAGUUAAAGGACUGUAAUCAAAUUAUUAAAACCACCGAUGAAAUAAUUGCCGAUGAAAGUGAGCGUAAAACUUUAAAAAACAAACCACCACUAGGAAUUGAAGUUACAAAGUCUCCGGUAAAAGUUAAAAUACCUUUAAUGGAAAAAAUUCGAUACGUUGGCAAUAUAAAUACACAGAGUAAUUUUGAAUUACCUACUGAACUGAGUAAUGUUGACAAUAAAUAUUCAUACAAAGUUAAUUCAGUAGUGAGUCCAAAAAAUUUGGAAAAAAAAUAUGAGUCUUUGGAUAAUUGUUCAUUAAAAAAUGACGAACAGAGUCCAAUUGAUAAGUCGUGGAAAUCACCAGAGGCGGGUGGUUUUGUUGGUACUUAUUUUAAACAAAUUAGUAAAUUAAGAAAUUCUAUUGAAAAAAGCAAUAAAUCGGUCGGUCGGCAAAAUAAUAAUAAUAAUGUAAACGCAACAGCGAGCAAUGAUGUCAAAAAAAAAGGUAAAGAUUCUAGUAAAACAUCCGCAGGAUCUUAUCUUAGGCGGAUGAAAAUUUCACCGACAAAAGAGCAAUCUAAAAAUGCGUUUUCUAGAGAAGAAGAUGAACCGACAAAUAAUAAAGAAUCAUUGGAACAACAACAGGAUGUUCUGUUAAAAGAUAGUGAUAGUGAUAAGGAUAAUUUAAUUUAUAAUGAUUCGUUAAAUGAUUUAAAUAAUUUUCAUACUAAAGAUAGUUGUUGGUUAAAGAGACAAGACAGUGUUGCUUCGAGUAUCGGUAGUAUUUUAUCCCGACACACGAGUCUUGCAGUAUCAGAUACACUUCCAUUGCGAAAUUAUCCUGAAAAAAUUUCAUGUCAACCUCCUUUUACAGAAUUACUUUGUCGGCAAGAUAGUUUUUGUUCUAAUGAUAGCACUUCUAAGGCUGAUGAGUAUUCAAGUUUAAAUGACUUUGAUAUUAAUAAUAUUGACAGUCAUACUGAAUCUAAUGAUAAACAAUUUUUUACAAACCAAUCGAUAAAUAGUGAUGAUAUGAGAUUUGAUUAUACAAGUGAUUUAAAGUUAUCAUCAUAUCCACAAGUUAAUUAUACAGAAUGUUAUAAAAAUAAACAAGUUGAUUUAUGUAGACAAGAUAGUUUUAGCACAGACAGUGCUGUAGGAACAAUGCGUAGUGAUUUUUUUGAUGAUAUUGACGUAGCUGAGUUACGUAAAAAUGCUGAAGAACAUAAAAAUUGUUGUACAGCUGAUAAAUUUUGCCCAUUAAAUCGUAAUGCUUCACCUAUUGAAAGCACGGCAUUUAUUAUUAGUAAUGAAAAUGACACUGUAUCGGUAUAA